AAAUCUGGGGGUGUAAUGUUAUCAUAUAUCACGCUACCUCGUAAAACCGACACCGAAGCCUACCGGACAACAAAUCACAUCAAAAUUAUGAGUUCUUCGUAUUAUGUGAACGCUCUUUUUAGCAAAUAUACGACGGGGGCUGCUUCUCUUUUCCAAAAUGCAGAGCCUACGUCUUGCUCCUUUGCUACCAACUCCCCGAGAAGCGGCUAUGGACCGGGCGCUAGCGCGUUCACCUCCUCCAUGCCUGGCUUGUACAAUGUGAACAGUACCAUAUAUCAAAGCCCGUUCUCUUCCGGAUACAGCCUGGGCUCAGAUGCCUACAACCUGCAUUGUUCCUCUUUUGAUCAGAACAUUCCCGUCCUCUGCAGUGACUUAACCAAAGCCAGCUGUGAGAAAGCGGAGGAAAACAACCUGCACAGCCAGGCUGAGAGUAAUUUCCGGAUAUACCCCUGGAUGAGGUCUUCAGGUCCCGAUCGGAAGCGAGGGCGCCAGACCUACACCCGCUACCAGACCCUGGAACUGGAGAAAGAGUUCCACUUCAACCGCUAUCUGACCCGCCGGCGGAGGAUAGAGAUCGCCCACGCCCUGUGCCUGACCGAGAGGCAGAUCAAGAUCUGGUUUCAGAACCGACGCAUGAAAUGGAAGAAAGAGCAUAAAGAAGAAAGCCCCGCCGCCGGCACCAACGCGGCCGCCAACGACAGCACCUCAGCAGCAGCCUCUGUGGAGAAAGUGGAAGAGGAGGAGGAGGAGGAAGAGGAGGAGGAGGAAGCCGCGGAGUGAGCCCGGCCGCGCUCCCUUGCCCCAGCCAGCUCGCCUAGUGUGUAUGCACGUGACAGUUGUAAACGCGCUCCUGAAACCAUCCUCAUCAUAAAUACAAGGCCCUCCUAAUGACCAUUUUCACUCGUGGGCUGGGGUGGGGGGCAGUGAUCUCUUGAGUUCUCCACCUGCAUCCCCAGAACAUCCCAGGUCACGCUCUGUGAAAACUAGGAGUGACUUGUCACUAUAGACCACCCGGACCAGCUUGGUUUGGGUCGCCCAAGCCUCUUCUUGUGUUUGUUACCUUAUUAUUGUUGUUUUAAUUUUCACUGUUGUUUGUGACUGAAAGGGGGGGAAAAUCGUUGCCUGCACAUGUGGGGGUAGAAGAAGCCCCAGAUAAGUUAACUUCCAAACUACCUGACUGUAUUGGUCCCAAUCAGUCCCUCCUAAGGCAUACGUGCAUUAGGUUCUCAUUCAAACUACCUAAUUUAUACUGAAAAUCUAUGUACUUCCAAUUGUUGGGUUUUUUGUUUUAAUUACCUUGGGGGGGGGAGAAAUCCUGAGGGGGGGAUGGAAACCACUACACUCAAGAGCAGUGAUUUGUACUACCUAUUUUCAAAACUACCUAUGAUCUAGCUCCGCCUACCUAUCUUCAAAACUAUACUGUAUUUUAUUAACUAAACAGGAAGGAUAACCAUGCCAGUGUGACUUUGCUAUAGGACCUGUCGCGUAGAAAAGAAGGCUUAAAAAACAACAACAUGCCUUCAUCGCUCUGCUAUAGAAUUUGGUGCCGAUAUAUUGUCGAGUAUAAUUUAAAGGGUUUGGUUUUUUUGAAAUAAUAAUAAUAAUAAUAUAUUUAUUCCCAGGCCAUUAUUACGUGAAAACCAUAUGCUGCAAUAUAAGCUUUCUUCUUAAGUCUUCGCUAGUUCGAAUUUAAAGAGGUUAACUCCUCGCCAGGAUUGUACAAAGCGGUUUCAUCUCUUCUUUUUUGUACUGCGCUCUCGAUGGCCGAGUAGAUGUUUCGUUGUAAUUUCUAUGUAAUUCAUUCCUCUUGAUGCAACUGAAAAAUAAUUUCAAAAAACCUUUAAGAAGUGAAUUUAAGUCUCGGUCAUGUAUCUACUUCUCAAACACCUUUCUUCCCAUAGUCCUGAUACGUAAAUGUGUUAGAUACCAAACCGCGUGAACAGAGAACAAAUCUUGUAUAUUGGAACACAACUUUGGCCGUUUCUAUUGUUUUGGAACUCAUUUAUAAGAUGCUAUAUCAUAAGCUGGGAAGUCUGUACUUAAUUGGGUAACUUUGUAGCAUGAUGCAAUGUUUAAAAAAUCUAUAUAAAAAAAUUAGCCUUGAGAGUUUGGACUAAACUUUAUUCAUAAAUUGUAUGUUACAAUGUGUUUUUCAGUGUGUUCAUUGUGAACAUUGAGGUAUUCCGUGUUAAAAAAAAUCUGGGAAUGGAGGUGGGAAGUGUGUGUGAAUUAUCUUCGGAAGUGCUUUUAUGUAUCGCCCACAUUCAAUGUGUUUUAUGUUACACAGAAAUAAAAAUGCUUGUUGACAAUGAA